UGUGACUGUCGAGAAUCUGUUCAUUUCCCAGCGUGCACCUAGCCUAAGCCUUAACGUCAAGAUGGCGGCGCCGUUGACUCUCCUACUGAUCGUGGCUGUCACCAUUCGUGCAGCUCUUUUUAGGUCCACCUUGGCGCAUUGGAUCGCCGAGAGGGUGGAGGUUGCGUCCCCGUUAACCGCCUGGAAAAGAGUGGUGGAAGGUUUGGCGCUACUGGACUUGGGAGUGUCGCCAUAUGAGGGAGAUGUCUUUCAUGAGACCCCUCUCAUCAUCUACUAUUUCCACUUUCUUGUGGACUAUGCGGAAGUUACCUUCAUCCUGGCCGACAUCAUCGUGGCCGUGUCCUUCUACCACGCAGUGAAGGACUACAACAAACAAGUGUUCAGGAAGCAGAAAUUCGCUCUGCAAGCUGAGCGCUACCCCGCCGAUUGUCACGAGCUGGUUCGUAGCCCCAAAGAGAUGCACUACAUCCCCCUCAAGGUGGCCAUGUUUUACCUUCUGAACCCGUUGAGCGUACUGUCCUGCGUGGCCAAGUCCACAUGCGGCCUGAACAACGCCGUGAUGUCGCUCUUCAUCCUGGCCACAGUGAAAGGGAACACGUUGCUGAGCGCAGUCUUCUUGGCCUUGGCCACGUACCAGAGCUUCUACCCACUCACGCUAUGUGCUGCUGCUCUGCUGUACCUCAUGCAGCACCAGUUUAUCCCCGUCAACGCGUGUCGUCUGAGUUUCUGGUGGUUCGUGGCACAGUACGCCUUCAUGUACCUAGGCAGCCUUCUAGUGACAGUGGGCCUCUCCUUCUUCCUGCUGGGCUCGUGGGACUUUGUGCCCUCCGUUUAUGGCUUUAUCCUCACCGUUCCAGACCUGACGCCCAACAUCGGCCUCUUCUGGUACUUCUUCGCAGAGAUGUUCGAACACUUCCGCCUCUUCUUCCUCUGCGUCUUCCAGAUCAACGUCUUCAUCUACACCGCCCCCCUGGCCAUCAAGCUCAAGGAGCAUCCGGUGUUCCUGAUCUUCAUGCAGCUGGCCAUCAUCUCUAUCUUCAAGUCGUACCCAACGGUGGGCGACGUGGCUCUCUACAUGGCCUUCCUGCCCAUCUGGAGUCACCUCGCCAGAUUUCUUCACAACGUGUCCCUGGUGUCCUGCGUGCUGCUGACGUGUUCGGCGCUCUUUCCGGUCUUGUGGCACUUGUGGAUUUAUACGGGCAGCGCCAACGCUAAUUUCUACUUCUCCACCAUGCUGGUCUUCAACGUCGCUCAGAUGCUGCUGGUGUCGGACUACUUCUAUGCCUUCUUGAGGCGAGAGCACCACCUGGUCCACGGACUUUACCCAAAGAAGCAAGACGGGUCGGAGGCCGUUCUGGUGCUCAAAUGAUCCCUUCAAACUUCAAAGCACAGAGAAGGAACGACCAGCUGAUCUUCUUGCAAGGCUCUUGGAAUGGAGGUGGUCGUUCUGGUGCUCAAAUGAUCCCUUCAAACUUAAAAGCGCGGAGAAGGAACGACCAGCUGAUCUUCUUGCAAGGCUCUUGCAAUGGGGGGCGGUAAACUUUUUUUUACUUAUUGAGGUCAAAUUAACUGAUUUCUGUUAAAACUCCAGGAAGAAUGUUAAGGGCACACGGGGGGGGGGGGGGGGUUAAUUUAUUUUUUGUAAUGAUCAUGCAUUGGAAAUACUAUGGUUGCGAAGUUAUUUUUUGUUUCAAGUCUAAAGAGUGAAAGUAA